UUGAAUAUUAAUAAGCGUCUUCCUUUCCGUUCGUGUGCGGAGCUUCGUUACCCGGAAGUGUUUGUACCUCGCUUAAAAAAAGCAUGGUUCCGGUUUUCUGUUUGUGUUGUUGAUUAUAGACAACAUUACAGUAACGAUGGCCUCCAAGAAAAAACAAAAGUCUCUCAAAAAAAAUCCUCAGUUUGCAAGUCCUGUUCAAGCGAAAAGAAAUAAUCAAGCACAUGGCAAAGCAUCAUUUACUGAUGAUCUGGAGGAUGAGGAUGCUUUAGAGAUGGAAAGAAACUUUGCCUUGGUCAAUAAAAGUGGCCUUGCGCAAAAAUCCGAGAUGUCUGAGAAAGCCAUGGAGGAAACGAGUGGUGAGGAAUCGAACCAAGCAGACGAGGAUGAUGGAAGCGAUGAGGAAGCAAACGAUUUUGAAAAGGAGCACGGCCAAGCCGAGACGUCUGACGUGACCGGGUCAGAGGAUUCGGAUAACGAAAAGCCAAACGACCCUGACCCAAGCAUACACACCGUGACCGGGUUUAAACAAGAUCUGUCUACAAUGUCAUUUGAAGAGAUUUUGAAGUUACAAAGCAAAUUUGGAAGGAAGGCCUGCAAUAAACUUCUUUGCAACGCAAAACAGAAAAAACAGAAAUUUCAACCUUUAAAACAAGCGUCCAAGGACAGACCUCAAGAGAUUUCAUCCAAGAGACCAGUUUCUUUACUGAGAAAAGAAGGAUUCCAUAAGAAACCCAGUCUGAGGGAUCCUCGUUUUGAUGAUCUUUCUGGGGACUUUAGACCCGAAGUGUUCAGCCAGACGUACAAAUUCAUCGAUGAAAUCCGACACGGAGAGGCCGAGAUGGUAAAGAAAAAGCUGAAGAAAGUCAAAUCGGCUGCGAAGAAAGAAGAACUGAAGUCUUUUCUGAAGAGAAUGGAGAACCAAAAGCGAAACCAUCAGCGACAAGAGCAGCAGAGAGAGAAGGAGCUUCACUUUAAGAGGAAGCAGAGAGCGUUGGUGGAAGGCGGCCACAGACCAUUCUAUCUCAAGAAAUCUGAUCAGAAGAAACUGCAGUUGGCAGAGAAGUACAACGAGCUGAAAAAGAGCGGGAAGCUGGAGAAUUUCUUGAGCAAGAAGAGGAAACGUAAUGCCGUGAAGGACCGCCGGAAGCUACCCUGAACACCAGCAUGGAGAUCGGUCUUCUCAAAUACAAAUUGUUGGACAGCUGAACAUAUGAUGCUGCACACUUAUGGAUUGGACUGAAUAAUAUUGUUCUCAAACACCUUCUCAUAAGGACAGGAUGAUUUUUUUUUAUUGUACAGAACAAUAAGAUACAUUCUUACUUACAAGUAAUAAAGGAAAUAUCUAUACUUAGA